AGUUGGUCCAAUAGCACUUUUCAGGAUGACAGGGAUUAUUCUACUCCUGCUGGUACUUGCGUUUACUUUUUCUGAAGCGGAGGACAAUGGUAAGUCGGGCAACAAUUAUUGCUGCUUUCCAACAAUGUCUAAUUACAUUUACAUUCUACAUUUUAAGGAGAAGAAUGGUAAAGAAUGGUGACAGUAUUAUUGUAGAUCAGUAUAUCCAUUAGGAAAUAGCAAUUGCUUUUAAAAAACAAUAUAAUUUGAAACUAUUUUUGUAUUUAUUGUAAAUGUGAUGACAUGUCGAUUUAUAAAGCAGUCGAAACAUUUUCUGAGAGGUGCAAUAAAGAAAUAGAUAUAUAGGCUUAUCAAAUCGACAUUUUAUUUAUUUAUCACAUGCGCGGAAUACAACUGGUGUAAUAGACAUGACUACAUGCUUGCUUACGAACCUUUCCCAAUGAUGCAGAGUUUACAAAUAAUAAUACAAAAUAGUAACUAACACAACAGGAAUAAAAGAAAAUACACAAGAAUGGACCUAUAUACAGUGAGUACCAGUAGCCUACCAGAUCAAUGUGCAGAGAGAGGGACGAGGUAUUUGAGGUAGAUACAGUAUGCACAUGAAGGCAGGGUAAAGUGACUAGGCAUCCGGAUAGAUAAUAAAAAAGAGUGAAAUAAAGAACAGAGUAGCAGCAGAAAAUUAUGAGUGUAAAAGUGUGCGUGUGUUUGUGGUGUGUUGGUAUGCGCGUGUGCGUAUUAAGUGUAUGUGAACGUGUGAGGGUUUUCUGUGGGAGUGACUGUGUAGUGUGCGUGAGUAUGUAUAUGGUGUGUAUUUAACAUCAGAUGAGUGUGCGUAGGGUCAGUCAGUGCAAGAUAGAGUCAGUGCAGAUAGUUUGGGUAACAUGAAUUGACUAUUUAGCUAUCUGGCUAUUUAGCAGUAUUAUGGCUUUGGGGCAGAAGCUGUCUUGGAGCCUGUUGGUCGGAGAGCUGAUGCUCCGUUACAGUUUGCCGGAGGGUAGCAGAGUGAACAGUCUAUGGCUUGGGUGGCUGGAGUCUUUGGCAAUUUUUCGGGCCUUCCUCUGACACUGCCUGAUAUAUAGUUCCUGGAUGGCAGGACUUUAUGUAUGUUUAUGUAUGGAAUGAAAGUUAUUUCUAUGAUUGAUAUCAUAUUUUUUCUCUUUCACAAAUAUAAGCCUAUAAUUAAAUCUCAGACAUAUCUAAUUCAAUCUUUGUAUAGGCUACUUUGCAACAAUACAAUCAUGUGAAAUGUGCAUAUCAUAAAGCUGGAGUUCAAAAAAAUAGUGAAAUUCUCAUAAUCUGACAACUAUCGGUGUCAGUAAAUUACAUCUAGUUCGAAUUACAAAGCAUACUUCCACUAGACGCUCUAAUCCAGAGUGAUUUUGAGGAGCAAGGGAACGUUGACAGAUUCUUUACCUAGUAGGCUCGGGGAUUCGAACCAGUGACCUUUCAGUAACUAGACCAACGCGCUUAACCGCUAGGCUACGUGCCAUCCCAUAAUGUAGAUUUUGAUUUUUGAGGUACAAUGAUUAUCCUGUGAAUUCUUUACUUUACUUUUAAGUGUUUGGCUUGUGUACUGACAGUAAGACUUUAUAGGCCUACUCAUAAGAUCUGGAUGAAAAUGUCUUUAGAAAUGACUAUGUAAUAUCAGUAGAUUAGAAUAUAUGGUGAAUACAUAAAAAACAAAAUCACCAUUGAAUAGAAUAUAUGCAGUGCAUUUUGUAUGCUUUAGUUCAGUGCCCACACUCAUUUAAUUUAUUUUAUUUGACCAGGUUAGUCUUAUUGAGAUGAAAUAUCUAUUUUACAAGAGACCUGGCCAAAUAUCAGCACACAAAGUUUCAGACACAUUUACAACAUAAUAAAACAUAGAGCAUCACAGUUUAAAAACAUCAAUUUAAAGAUUGAGCAGGCAAGAUACUUUGGGGAGGUGUGGUGCAUCCUGGGGUCAAAACAUUGACAGCCCCCAACUUCAUUGUCCACCAUAAGUUUGACCCUAGCUUUAAACACACUCAAGGAGACAACCUCCUGUAAUUUCAUGCCCUUUUGUAGUUCGUUCCAAUUGGAAGGGGCAGAGAACUGGCAAUGCUUUUUUUACCCAGCUCUGACAGUUAAAAAACGAUUGAUAGUCUCAAGCUAUUGCUUAUAUUAAGAAGCAAUCAACUGUACUCAUAACCUUAUAUGAUGGAGGUAUGAUAUAGGGGCCAUUGAUAUUAUAAAGUUAUAAUAUACUGCUGGGUGUAACUGGAUUGUUCUUGCCUGCUUUAUCCAGAGCUGUUCUCCGUGAUCAGCACCCCCUCUGAGAAGGGCCAGAGUGUUUUACCCGACCCUGCCCAGAACCAGAGCACAAGGCUAGGGACCAAAGACCCCUCUCUCCCCAUAAACGAGCUCCUGGAAAAGAGCAGCAAAGCCGGGGACCCCAAGUACGCCCUCCACCCCCUUCCCUCGGGGGUCUGGCCCAAGCACAGUGACCCUCGCCCCGGCCCCCACAACAAGAGCAAGAAGGGCCCUAAAAAUGACCGCCUGAUCGAGCACAACAGCGAGAAGAACCGCGGCGAGGCGGGUCUAGCACUUCCCAAAACGCCACUAAUCGCUGCCACCAACCGCACACAGAAAGUCAACGUGGACCCUCACCGGGACCCCCACACUAACUUCAACAACCCCCCGCAGAGUGACCCGGACAGUCACCCCAACUCCAGACCCAGGGGCCACCCCCACCCUCACCCGGCCCCCUCCCCUCGCAGGGACCCCCCAACCAGAAAGCUGGACCCGGAGGAGAAUCGCCCUGGGGGGAAGUCCAGUCUGUACCAGUCCGGCGGCGCCAACCGGAAUAACAGCCGCUCAUCUGUGCUCAUCAACCGUCGCUCCUCCAGCCUGCUCUACCACUUCGACAUCCUGAAACGAGGUACGGAAAGUGACACUAUACCCCCACACUAUGUAUGGUGACAGUGAGAGACUGCUGAGAUUUUGGGGAUAGUUAGCUAAUUACCUCUCCAGCCACAAAUUGCUACCUAAAUCUGGAUUGAAUGUGUCCCUUUGUGUGAAGUCUUAGGGAGUGAGAGGUUAUGAUAGCAAUGCUAAAUAUGCCUAAGUGAGAUCAGUUAUGAUGCAGUAAUUAAGGGGUGAGACCCGGAACGGGGAGGACUGGGGAACGUGGAGCCCCCUCCUGCGGAAUGCGACGCCUGGGUUUUGUAAUGACAACCCUGGUCCUUCUAAUGACACUGGAAUGAAGUCUGGCUCCACACAAGCAGGCACGGCCCGGUCGGUCACUCGCUCCUUCUUCUCAUCUCUCUCGCUCUCUUCCUUUCUCUUUGACUCCCUCUCUCACAGAGUCUGACUUCACUCACGAGGCCGUCUGCAUGAGUGAGUGCAGGAAGGAGAAGGAGGAGAGAGAGUACUACUGCUACAGUGAAUUUGGUGAGUGUGUGUGUGUGUGUGUGUGAACAGGGUUAGACUAUUGUAUGAGAGUGAGAUGGGUGGCCUGGCCACCAUCUUCCAGUGAUCUCUCCAUAAAGACUGGAAGUGAAGGGAUGGGAGAAGGGGACAAAAUAAGGCCAUGACACAAUGUCUGGUGCAGUCUAUUUGCAACCCGCCAAUCAUGCUGUAGUUUAGACUAGAGUGACAGAAAGAGGCUGCUCAUCAUGGUGCAGGGUGAAGUUGCACCUAAACGGUGAUCUUGGGUCAGUUUUGCUGAUCCUAGAUCUGUACCUACGAGUGCUCUGCGCUACUAUCCACUUUAUAGUUACAAACAAUGACCUUUACUUUCAUUUGACCAUUUACCGUUACAUUUCAGCCAUCAAUGGGAUCGUUCACGACAUAGACAUGGUGCGUAAGGGGAUUAGACUCAUCACACUGAUGGUGAGCAGCGAUGGUUUCUACAAGAUGAGCCGUCUCUAUGUCACUCCAGACAGCUUCUUUCUCAAAGUGCGUCUCCUAGUCCUGGACACCUACAAAUGCAGCAAGCCUUGUCCUGACAUCAAACUAGGUAAGUGUCAACUUAAGGAACCAAUGAAUGCAUCCCAAAUGGCACCCUAUCCCCUAAAUCAGGGCUCUCCAACCCUGUUCCUAGAGAGCUACCCUCCUGUCGGUUUUCAAUCCAACCCCAGUUGUAACUAACCUGAUUCAGUUUAUCAACCAGAUAAUUAUUAGAAUCAGGUGCGCUAGAUUAGGGUUGGAGUGAAAACCUAGAGGACGGUAGCUCUCCAGGACAGGGUUGGAGAGCCCUGCCCUAUACAGUGGGGGAAAAAAGUAUUUAGUCAGCCACCAAUUGUGCAAGUUCUCCCACUUAAAAAGAUGAGAGAGGCCUGUAAUUUUCAUCAUAGGUACACGUCAACUAUGACAGACAAAAUGAGAAUUUUCUUUCCAGAAAAUCACAUUGUAGGAUUUUUAAUGCAUUUAUUUGCAAAUUAUGGUGGAAAAUAAGUAUUUGAUCAAUAACAAAAGUUUCUCAAUACUUUGUUAUAUACCCUUUGUUGGCAAUGACACAGGUCAAACGUUUUCUGUAAGUCUUCACAAGGUUUUCACACACUGUUGCUGGUAUUUUGGCCCAUUCCUCCAUGCAGAUCUCCUCUAGAGCAGUGAUGUUUUGGGGCUGUCGCUGGGCAACACGGACUUUCAACUCCCUCCAAAGAUUUUCUAUGGGGUUGAGAUCUGGAGACUGGCUAGGCCACUCCAGGACCUUGAAAUGCUUCUUACGAAGCCACUCCUUCGUUGCCCGGGCGGUGUGGUUGGGAUCAUUGUCAUGCUGAAAGACCCAGCCACGUUUCAUCUUCAAUGCCCUUGCUGAUGGAAGGAGGUUUUCACUCAAAAUCUCACGAUACAUGGCCCCAUUCAUUCUUUCCUUUACACGGAUCAGUCGUCCUGGUCCCUUUGCAGAAAAACAGCCCCAAAGCAUGAUGUUUCCACACCCAUGCUUCACAGUAGGUAUGGUGUUCUUUGGAUGCAACUCAGCAUUCUUUGUCCUCCAAACACGACGAGUUGAGUUUUUACCAAAAAGUUAUAUUUUGGUUUCAUCUGACCAUAUGACAUUCUCCCAAUCCUCUUCUGGAUCAUCCAAAUGCACUCUAGCAAACUUCAGACGGGCCUGGACAUGUACUGGCUUAAGCAGGGGGACACGUCUGGCACUGCAGGAUUUGAGUCCCUGGCGGCGUAGUGUGUUACUGAUGGUAGGCUUUGUUACUUUGGUCCCAGCUCUCUGCAGGUCAUUCACUAGGUCCCCCCGUGUGGUUCUGGGAUUUAUGCUCACCGUUUUUGUGAUAAUUUUGACCCCACUGGGUGAGAUCUUGCGUGGAGCCCCAGAUCGAGGGAGAUUAUCAGUGGUCUUGUAUGUCUUCCAUUUCCUAAUAAUUGCUCCCACAGUUGAUUUCUUCAAACCAAGCUGCUUACCUAUUGCAGAUUCAGUCUUCCCAGCCUGGUGCAGGUCUACAAUUAUGUUUCUGGUGUCCUUUGACAGCUCUUUGGUCUUGGCCAUAGUGGAGUUUGGAGUGUGACUGUUUGAGGUUGUGGACAGGUGUCUUUUAUACUGAUAACAAGUUCAAACAGGUGCCAUUAAUACAGGUAACGAGUGGAGGACAGAGGAGCCUCUUAAAGAAGAAGUUACAGGUCUGUGAGAGCCAGAAAUCUUGCUUGUUUGUAGGUGACCAAAUACUUAUUUUCCACCAUAAUUUGCAAAUAAAUUCAUAAAAAAAUCCUACAAUGUGAUUUUAAUUUUGUCUGUCAUAGUUGACGUGUACCUAUGAUGAAAAUUACAGGCCUCUCUCAUCUUUUUAAGUGGGAGAACUUGCACAAUUGGUGGCUGACUAAUUAAAAAAAUUCCCCCACUGUAUGGUGCACUCUGGACAAAAGUAGUGCACUAUAUAGGGCAGGGGUAUUCAAAUCCUAUGCUGGAGGUCUGAAGUACGGCUGGUUUUCUGUUCUACCUGAUAAUUUAUUGCACCCACCUGGUGUCCCAGGUCUAAAUCAGUCCCUGAUUAGAGGGGAAGAAUGAAAAAAGCAGUGGAACUGGCUUUGAGGUCCAGAUUUGAAUUUGAGGGAUAUAGGGAAUAGGGUGUCACCAUGGCUACAUUCCGAUAGCAACACUAGCAUAUUACUUAUAACGGAUUCCCAAUACAUUUCUCCAUGCUAUGUGGUAUGCUAGUAUAGUCAAUGGUACUGAACUCAUGUCUACCAGUUGAGCAGAGAGACCAAAUACUGCUAAUGAAUUCACUGACACCCUCUCUUCCCCCCAUGCUAUUCUAUAGGUAGCCGAUACAUUGUAAUGGGCCAGAUCUACCACCGGAGGCGCCACCUCCCCAACGACCUCCUGGCCCUGCUGGGGGGCAAACUGAAGCCAGGGGACGGCCUCCUGCGCAGCAACAACUACGUCAAGCGCUUCAACAAGAGGAGACACCAGAAAGCCCUGGAGGCCACCCGCUCCAAGUGUAGGUGAACCCAAAACAGACUAUCGCCCCCUGCAGCGGCGGAAAAGACAUUGCAGCUGUCAACAUGAAGUGACUGUGACCUAUAACCCCUUCAGCAUUUCAGCAGAGACGUAGAAGGACGAGGCCAAGAUGUUGUUGUUUUUUUCUGGCAUGGACCUCCUGCACUUGUUUGUAUCAUAAUCAAGGUUGAGUGGUAAUGUUUUUGCUUGUCUGUCUGUACAGUCUUUACCUUGUAGCUUUGCGUCCUCUUUGAUAGAAGACACAAGUGGAGUCUAUAUCAAAGGUUCUCGUCUUUAAACCUCUGCUUGAAGUGUCCCAUCAGAUUUCCUCAUACUGUUGCUCUCUAUUAUUGUGCAUGAGCAUAGAGUUGGAUAGAGGGCA